CAAUAACAGAAUUUAGAAGAAAAACAAAAAACGAAAAACCGAUGAAUAAGAUUAUCCGAUUAACAUGUCAACCGCCAGUAUUAUUUCGUCGAUAUCAGUCGAUAUUAUCGGCUUCCACAACAACAACAUUUCAUUCAACAUCGAUUAAUAAUAAUAAUGCAAGUUUAUCAAGGAAAAAUCAAUUAAUGAAAAAAAACCGAAUGCCAGCCGAUGAUCUAGGUGAAUGGAUACCAAUAUAUAAAUUUCCAUAUAUAGUACCAUGUAGAAUAUUUGCACGUGCAAAACUUCAUAUGACAAUAAUGAUGACAACAAUAUUGCCGGCUAGUUAUUUUAUUAAUGCAGCUUCAUAUGAAUCAAACGAUCUAGCCAUGAUUGGUGGAAUAUCAACAUUUUCGCUAAUAUUAAUCUAUGGUUUUGGACAAAUAUUUCGUCGUUUAAUUGGCUCCAUCUAUAUAUCUGCAGAUAAAAAUAAGAAUCUUGUUCGUAUAUCACAUCUAACGUUUUUUGGUAAUCGUGCUGAACGAAUUCUAUCGAUGGAUAAUUUAUUAAAAUUAUCCGAUUGUAAUACAAAUUUGAAUGAUUUUAUUCUGAAUGUUUCACAAUUAACCGAUGAUGUUGAUCAUCCAGAUGAUUUAAAAUCAAAACAAUCAUCCGCACUAUACAUAUGUUUAAAAUUUGGUGGUAUUUUAGAUUUAGAAAAAUUUCAAAAUAUUUUUGGCAACAUUCAAUGAAUGAAUAAAGUGAAGAAUGUGGAAAAAGCGAGAUCAUUUGGACCGAUACCAAUUUGGAUACAAUCAAAUCGAUCGAUUAAUA